UGUCCCACUAUCCACUUAAGCCAUUUUCAUCAAGCAAAGCCCAAAUACUCUCGCAGCCCACUUCUACCUCCUCAUGGCUGCCUGCAAAAUUAUCAAAGCAGUCUGUGUAUGCUAGUACUUGAGCUGAUAUUGGGGCUAGUUGAUUAUUCAUGAUCAUCAAAUAACAGCGUGCCAAAAAACAAGGGAUGAACAUAGAGCACAGAAUACAGCACUGUGUACAGUCCAGCCCACUUAUAACAGCCGCAGAUAUAACGAACGCUCGCUUAGUACGAACGAGGGCGGUGCUACCGUCAAAAUAUAUAUUGGGGCAAUGGCACAGUGUCUCACAUAGAACGAACUGUUGUGGCCUCAACACUCGGUUAGAGCGAACGCGAAGCUGUCGAGCCCCUGUAGGAUAACUGUGCGGCGCACCAUGUGCAGCCUUCCUUGAGUGCGGUGACAGUGCUCUUCUUGCUUCCCAAUGCAACCUGCAAAAUUCAGCCGCUGGAUAUGGGCAUCAUUCAUGCGUUCAAGGUGUGACCGGCGGCGCGUCAUCCAACGCUUGUUGAUCGCGAUUGAUGCUGCCAUGCCAGUUCGCAUCAGCUUGCUUGCCGCCGUGGACAUGUUGAAAGCGGCGUGGAUGGAACUCACCGCGGAGUGCAUAGAAAAUUGCUUCCGCAAGGCGGGUUUUAUGGGCCCAGGCACCGAGGACGCCAUAGAUCACCCACCGGAAGGCCGGUCACACGAGGACUUGUGGCAACGCGUCGUUGACACGCAGCUGGCCGGACCUGACGUUGCCUGGGACGAUUUCGUUUCUGCCGAUGACGACGCCGACAUUGCGGAGCCAUGCACUGACGAAGCUAUUGUGCGUGAAGUGCGAGCCCUUCCUGACCGCCCAGAGACCGACGAGGUCGAUGACGAGGAUGCUGCUCUACCGCCGGUUGCUGUGAACGCUUCAACCGCGAUCGGUUACAUCGCGUCGCUUAAGGAACUCGUGUGCAGCAGAGGCCUUGGCGAUGAACAUAUUACCGCGCUGGAAAGAUUAGAAACGGCAGUGAUGCGAUCAGCUUUGAAGAAGCAGACAUGCAUCACGGACUUUUUUCAAAAAUAAAGUGAACUUUCGUCUCGCUUGCUAUUUUUUCCCGUAUUAUAGGUGGUCCACUUAGUACGAACUUUGGAUACAACGAAC